AUGGAUGACCUGAAACUUUCGAAGCGCGUCAGGCAGCCGGAGCGAGAGAAGGAGAUUUUGCGGUCGGAGCCAAAUGGCCUCAGGACGGCCACCAUGGAAUGCAAAUAUCAGCGCCGCGAGGCUUGGCAUAGCAUUGUCACUGACUACAAUGAUCGUCAGCGGAAAGAGGAGAAGGACCUCGUUCCGACGGAAAUAUUGUGCGGCUUCUAA